AUGAGUGGUGUCACGUGCACUUCGUGCGGAGUCGUAGUGCGAUUACUCAGAACAUCAUCAGCUUUCGCUCGGUCCAAUAGACCCAAACCAUUUCUAAACACCGUCACUACAACCCUCACACAGAGAGGACCCCACUACCAUCUUCAUCUUCCUACCUCUCUCCAACUUUCCUCACCACAAGCAAUGGAAGCCGCUAGUGCUAGUUCUAGGGUUUCCGCAGUUUCUAAUGGAGGAGGCGGCCUGACUCGCUUUCCGUUGUCUCCGUCUAACGAUCUUGUUAUUCAGAAGGGGGAUAUCACCCAGUGGUUCGUCAACGGCGCCACCGAUGCCAUAGUUAAUCCAGCCAAUGAGCUAAUGCUUGGAGGUGGUGGUGCAGAUGGGGCUAUACAUAGAGCUGCUGGGCCAGAUCUCCUACAAGCAUGUUAUAAUGUUCCAGAAGUCAGGCCUGGAGUUCGUUGUCCCACAGGAGAAGCAAGGAUUACCUUAGGUUUUAGAUUGCCUGCAUCUCAUGUAAUUCACACUGUCGGACCCAUCUACAAUGUUGAUGGUAACCCUCAAGCAUCCCUGAGAAAUGCAUAUAGAAACAGCUUGAGUGUUGCCAAAGACAACAACAUACAAUAUAUAGCAUUUCCGGCCAUAUCUUGUGGUGUGUAUGGAUAUCCUUAUGAUGAAGCUGCGACAAUAGCUAUUUCUACGGUUAAACAUUUUGCAAAUGACUUUAAAGAGGUACACUUUGUUCUAUUCUCGCCAGAUAUUUGCAAUGUGUGGUUAAACAAGGCAAGUGAAUUGCUGAAACAUUAGUCUGUUCUACCAGCUAGCUGUGGGGAAGCUGAGACAUUUAUAUAACUGUUCUCAUUUGGAGUUGAUGAUGGUGGCUGUGUGGAACUAUUGUAGAUAAAACUUCGAUAUCUUAGUUUACAAAAAAUAAGGGUUAUUAAUCUAGAGAAGGUGAGCUUUCUUUGGGAAAAAAGAGUUCAUCCGUUGCUUGCUAUCUAGUUAUGUAUCCUUCAUCAAUUAUCAGUGACUGAAAGCUUGAACCUGUAUCUCGAUCAUACCCCUGUUAUGUGCAAGUCCGUAAACAUGCUUUUUAUGGUC